UUAUCCAGAAGAAUUCCACAUCCGCGUGAUAGAUUGAUAUGUGCCAUUGUCGAGCUGCAUCUUUUCUAUAACCGUAACUGUACAAAAAUGGCACUUUUUCUCAACGCCUCCUUGUCUUCCACUUCCAAACCUCAUCACCGUCUUUCCUUUUCAACCACCUCCGCAACUCCUCUUCCUCCAUUUCUGAGAACCAAUCCGAAGCAAACUCUACAACCUUCUCCAAAACUCACAUUAUCAUUGAUAGAAUCCGUGUCUAGUGCUACCCUCGUCGCUCUUCUAUCUGCUUCUCUCGUCUUUGUUCAUCCCGCCCUAGCAUUCAAGGGUGGAGGACCAUAUGGGCAAGGGGUUACUAGGGGACAAGAUCUCUCUGGGAAAGAUUUCAGCGGCAAGACACUCAUCAAGCAAGACUUCAAAACGUCCAUACUGCGACAAGCCAAUUUUAAAGGUGCGAAAUUGUUAGGUGCUAGCUUCUUUGAUGCUGAUUUAACAGGUGCUGAUUUUUCGGAUGCUGAUCUUAGAAGUGCUGAUUUUUCCCUGGCAAAUGUUACAAAGGUAAAUUUGAGCAAUGCUAACCUGGAAGGUGCACUUGUAACAGGAAAUACAUCUUUUAAGGGAUCAGACAUUACAGGCGCCGAUUUCACUGAUGUGCCACUAAGAGAAGAUCAACGCGAAUACCUCUGCAAAAUUGCUGAUGGAGUGAAUUCAACAACUGGAAAUGCUACGCGUGAUACAUUGCUGUGCAAUUAGUAUUCUAUUGCCGAGUAUAUCAAACUGUAACUUUUGAAUUUAUUAAAUAAACUCUUGGUUAAAGUCAGAUAUAGUGUAAACAUGUCAAAGGGGAGGUUUUCUUUCCAUUAUGCAAAAAAAAGGCAAAUAUUUUGGUGCAUUUUAGGUGUCAUAGACCAUUCUUUGAUUAAUAAAUUUGCCAUUCUGAUGA